GAAAUAUAAAAUCAGAAGACAGACUGAAAAUUAAAUAUGACAUACCCUACUUCAUUAGAGUGCCCCUGAGGGUUCAGUCGUACUUGGGAAUGCUUGAUGGGGGACACAUAACAAUUUUUAAGUUAGUCUCAUGAAUUUUUGUUCUUGUGCCCCUUUGGGGGUUGUUAAUAGGAAAUACUUGAUGGUGAUGUAACCAGGUGUGAUACUGACCCUUUUAAUGGCCAUGAGCAGGGUCCCUAAGCCUGCCAUCAUCUCUGGAUGGAACGAGAGGAAGAGCCGUGUGCUCCAGUUCUCCAGGACUCCAAGGAAAGGGAGAUCAUCUUUGGGGCCUCCACAGGAGACAGUGAGAGUGUGAAUGAGCAUGAGGAGAAGAACCCCCAGGAAGGUGGUCCUGAGAAUGUGGAACAGUGUGGGACGAUAUCAGAGGGGUUUGAAGAGAAUGUCUUCCAGAGCCCUGAUGAGGAGGAGGCCUAUGAGGGCCAGUACAUGUCAGAAACGCAUCAGGGAGACCUUCCUGGUAAGAUACUGGGUAACUCCAUUCAUCCAGAAAGAAAUUUGGAGGCUCUCCAAGGUAUCAUCAUCCACCAGAGAAUUCCUAUAGGGGAGAGACCCUAUGUAUAUACUGAAUGUGGGGAGGGCUUCAGUCAGAGCUUGAACCUUACACAGCAUGAGAUAACACAAACGGGAGAGAAACCUCAUAAAUGUACUGAAUGUAACAAAAGUUUCAGUUGGCGCUCAGACUUAAUUAAACACCAGAGAACCCACACAGGUGAGAAACCCUACAUAUGUAGUGAAUGUGGGGAAAACUUUAGUGUGAGCUCUCACCUUUUCACUCACAAAAGAACCCACACAGGAGAGAGACCCUUCCUCUGUAACGAAUGUGGGAAAAGCUUCAGCCGGAACUCUCACCUUAUUAACCACCAAAGAAUCCAUACCGGAGAGAAGCCCUUUGAAUGUGCUCAGUGUGGGAAGAGCUUCAGUGAUUUCUCAACACUUACCCAGCACCAGAGAACCCACACGGGUGAAAAACCCUACGUAUGUGUUGAAUGUGGGAAAAGCUUCAUCCAGAGCUCACACCUUGUCAGGCACCGGAGAAUCCACACAGGAGAGAAACCCUAUAAAUGUGCUGAGUGUGGGAAAAGCUUUCGUUACAAGAGUCACCUUGCCCAACACCAUAAACUCCACAUGGAGUAGAAAGCACAGCCAUGAGAGCCCCUGUCCUGCUCACAGAAACUGAUGCAUAAAUUAUUAUAUGAUGUGAUGACAUCGAGAAGAAACUGUAAAAGGAGGGGGCACAUUCUUAGUGCAAGUAGAUUGUUCUAGGAUGGAUGGGGGCAUUGAGUGUUGGGAAUGAGUUUGAUGUUGAUAGGAAUCAAUCAUUUGUGGAUCGGGGGGAACAAGAUGAGAGAGGCAGCUGGGGAAGUUGACCAUUUGGGAUUCAGAGGGCUGGGAGGUGGGAGGAAUUAGGGUGCAGAGGGAAUUUGGUGCUAAGGAACAUUGUUUGGAGUACAGCAAAAUAGAGGGACAAGAGGGGAAAUAUAUAUUUCAUUGUCUUAUUAAGAAGUCAAAAAUGAUAAAUUAGGCUCCAAGAUGUCAGAGCCAGUGUCCUGGGAAAUGCCUCACUUACUGAACUGAGGAAGACAAAGUGCCCUUUGUGCUCUCUGGCAUUGUCUCCAGCAAUGGUUUCCUCAUUUUAGAUUAUAUUUAUUUGUAGCUGCUAUUUUAGGAGCUCAGUUAAAUCUGGGCAAAAAUAUCCCAGUUUUCUGGUACAUGUUAUAAUAUCUAAUUUUCUGUUGCGUUGUGUCUCCCCCUCUGAAAUAAAACUUUUUUUAAAAAAAAUACCCUAUGUUCUCCCAUCUUAUCUCCUACUGUCCUGUUUCUAGGGUAGAAUGGCCCUGUAUAGCUUAGAGUCAACUUCACUGAAAAGGAACAAAGCAGUCUUGUUAGGGCCUGUCUAGACUAGAAUUAACUGGUGUUAGCAAACACGUUUGCUAAGCACACCUCAUCUUCCUAGUGUAGAUAGGGCCUUCAUGGUCACUGCUCAAAAAUGAUUUGUCUAGUACACAUUGAGAGCCGUGUCCAUCCCUGGAGUUAGCUGAGUGAACCAGGGCUGAAUGUAUCUUUUAGCUGCUCUGGAGUUUUACUGUCAGGAACCUCAUACUUCACUUUGCCUCUGACUUGUCCUGGUCACAGCUCCAUACCAUAUUGUGCAAAGAUUAUGCUUGCUCACUCUAAUGUUGGGAGGAGAGCCUUGUCCCCUGCCUGCAGACUGUGCUUGUGCCAUUUAUGUGCAGCCACGUUUCAAGUCAGUACCCUGCCUAUCAGUUUAUAGAGUAUUCAGCCACAAUAUUAUCAAACAUAAUAGCGCCUCCACAGGUCAGGUAAACUGCAAAAGGUUUGUUAAAAACUAAAGGCAGGUUUCUAAGACCCCUAAAAAAGAAUUGUAGGGAGGUAUGCAAAAUCAAACAGCAUGAAAAACAGCCCUUAUUUGGGCACAGAUUCUUGAUAGGAAGAUGUUCAUGGAUACUCAAAGUUCCCACAGCAACUACAAGGGGGAAGCACUCAGCCUUGUUCCCCCCAGCCAUGCACUUAGAUUCAUAGACUCUAGGACUGGAAGGGACCUCGAGAGGUCAUCGAGUCCAGUCCCCUGUCCUCAUGGCAGGACCAAAUACUGUCUAGACCAUCCCUGAUAGAAAUUUAUCUAACCUACUCUUAAAUAUCUCCAGAGAUGGAGAUUCCACAACCUCCCUAGGCAAUUUAUUCCAGUGUUUAACUACCCUGACAGGAACUUUUUCCUAAUGUCUAACCUAAACCUCCCUUGCUGCAGUUUAAGCCCAUUGCUUCUUGUUCUAUCAUUAGAGGCUAAGGUGAACAAGUUUUCUCCCUCCUCCUGAUAACACCCUUUUAGAUACCUGAAAACUGCUAUCAUGUCCCCUCUCAGUCUUCUCUUUUCCAGACUAAAUAAACCCAAUUCUUUCAGCCUUCCUUCAUAAGUCAUGUUCUCAAGACCUUUAAUCAUUCUUGUUGCUCUUCUCUAGACCCUCUCCAAUUUCUCCACAUCUUUCUUGAAAUGCGGUGCCCAGAACUGGACACAAUAUUCCAGUUGAGGCCUAACCAGCACAGAGUAGAGUGGCAGAAUGACUUCUCGUGUCUUGUUUACAACACACCUGUUAAUGCAUCCCAGAAUCACAUUUGCUUUUUUUGCAACAGUAUCACACUGUUGACUCAUAUUUAGCUUGUGGUCCACUAUGACCCCUAGAUCUCUUUCUGCCAUACUCCUUCCUAGACAGUCUCUUCCCAUUCUGUAUGUGUGAAACUGAUUGUUCCUUCCUAAGUGGAGCACUUUGCAUUUGUCUUUAUUGAACUUCAUCCGGUUUACCUCAGACCAUUUCUCCAAUUUGUCCAGAUCAUUUUGAAUUUUGACCCUGUCCUCCAAAGCAGUUGCAAUCCCUCCCAGUUUGGUAUCGUCUGCAAACUUAAUAAGUGUACUUUCUAUGCCAACAUCUAAGUCGUUGAUGAAAUUAUUGAACAGAGCCAGUCCCAAAACAGACCCCUGCGGAACCCCACUUGUUAUAACUUUCCAGCAGGAUUGGGAGCCAUUAAUAACUACUCUCUGAGUACGGUUAUCCAGCCAGUUAUGCACCCACCUUGUACCCACUUGCAUAAUUAUUUGCACCUAUGCAAAAUAAAUGUGAUCCACUGCCACUGGUGUGAGUGAAUGGAGAAUUCUGAUUUGGUAGCAUUUAGUCUUUGAACUCACUUUGAGCAAGUGUAAGUAACACAAAGAGUAGGAUAGUGGAGAAUCAGACCCUCAUUGCUUCCUAUGUCAACCAAAAUAACAGCACAUUGUUCUGGGGCUAAGCAGCAGCUGCAGAUUGCUCCAGCCCUGCCUGUGCUGCAGAACCUGCUGUGUUAGGAGACUGAUUUUAAAACAUGUUUAGCUGUCUCUCUCAUGCUGGAAUUAUGUGGACAGGGCAUCACUUGGUUUCUAAAAUGAUUUCACAAAAUUAAACCCACACCACAAAAAAAAAUUUAGAGGCCGCUUCCCAAUCAGUUUGUGUGAUAGACAAGACCUCUGUGUCUGACACUUUCAUUUUGCCAAACCUCUAAUUCCUUUGCCUGCUGUUAGCAGUUUAUUUUACAGAACUGAUACAACCAAAACCAGAAACAUUUGUCUUUUUGGGGACACUAAUUAUUUAAAGUGCCUUUAAUUUGGAGCCUGAUCAAUGGAGCAUAUGUCUCUCAUUGAAGACACAUUAUAGAUAUUGAGCACCUAUCAGGAUUGGGCUAUUUGAGCCCUGCCUAGAGAAGGAUAAAAUGUGUAUUUUUAAAACAUGUUAGUGAAAACAUUUUAAAAUACCUUUUGUAAAUCACUAGAAUAGACAUGGUAAGUUGCAUUUUGGCAUCUUUUAGCUGGUUGAGGUGAACCUAGGCGGGACCUGACGAUUCCAGAUUUUAGUUGCACAUCUGUUCCUUAAUGUAUUUGUAAUUCUCUUUUCCUGAGAUGUGAGAUAUGAUGGCUUUAACCCAACAUUGGUUUUAUACAGUGAUUAUUAAUGUACAAUACAGCCUAUGGGAGACAUUUUCUGUCUCCUUCAGGAUGAGAAAGCUAUGGGCUAAUAAAUCAUUUUAUAAACAGUUUGAGUGGGUCUGUAGCCCUUGUAUUCCUGCUGGUCCAAUGUGCAAGGGAAA